UCCACCACCUGAUCGCUGCAUUAUAAAUCCAAACAGCUGAUCAGAGAGUCUUCAGAAAUUCAGGACCUUCUACAGCGGCUGCGGCAGAGCCUGGGAGCUGUCCAGCGCUGACAAGAUCCGCCAGCCCCGAGCGGAACAAUAAGAAUUGCGGCACACGGCGCAGGAGGGGACGCCGGGAACCCAAGCUAGGAGCCGCUCCCGAGCGCCGGGAGCUGUCCAGUGCUGAACUCGCGGGCGAUGUCUGAGGACCCAGCUCCGGGCUGGUGACCCUGGACCUCAGGGUGGGCUUUGGAGCCGCCUCCCCUGCUGCACAAAAGCCGCUGGAACAAGGACUGAUUGCACCAGGCGGGGUCCGGGGCUGGGGACUGCACGUCGGAGCCCAACCUACAGCAAGCCACAAAGCCAUAGCGCCCAGGAGCCCUUUUCUAACUGUCCUUUUUUUAAAGCUUUUUUUUUGGGGGGGGGGGGUCCAUUUCUUCCCCCCUCUAAUCGCUGACCCAGCAACCAUCGGCCAGCUGCCGCGUGUCUCCCGUUUCGGCCGCGUGUAGAAACCAUGCCAAGAUCUUUCCUGGUCAAAAAGGUCAAACUCGAUGAUUUCUCUUCGGCGGAUCUAGAGAACUCGUACGGCAGAUCUCGGGCAGACUUCAGCUCGCGGCUCCAUGACAAGGGGUACAUCCGUGACUACAUCACCCCGUCGGUCUAUGAAGGCGAAAGCGAAAGCGCCAUCAAGGUGCCCUCGCCUGACCCGAUCUACCCUGGCGCGCACGGGGACUAUGGCGCGCCGGACUCGGACCAGCCCGACAGCCCGCACUCGGAGAUCGCGGCCGGCUACAUCAACGGGGACGCGGCGGUGAGCGAGGGCUACGCGGUGGACGCCUUCUUCAUCACGGACGGGCGGUCGCGGCGCAAGGUGGUGAGCGGGGCGCGCAGCCUGCAGCGGCACCGGUGCAGCGAGUGCGGCAAGACCUACGCCACCUCCUCCAACCUCAGCCGGCACAAGCAGACGCACCGCAGCCUGGACAGCAAGAUGGCCAAGAAGUGCCCGACCUGCGGCAAGGUCUACGUCUCCAUGCCGGCCAUGGCCAUGCACCUGCUCACCCACGACCUCAAGCACAAGUGUGACAUCUGCGGCAAGGCCUUCAGCCGGCCUUGGCUGCUCCAGGGCCACAUGCGCUCGCACACGGGCGAGAAGCCCUUCGGCUGCGCGCACUGCGGCAAGGCCUUCGCCGACCGCUCCAACCUGCGCGCCCACAUGCAGACCCACUCGGCCUUCAAGCACUUCAAGUGCAAACGCUGCAGCAAGACCUUCGCCCUCAAGUCCUAUCUCAACAAGCACUACGAGUCGGCCUGCUUCAAGGGGGCCGUCCCGCCGCUCAGCCCCAUCGAGACCUGA